AUGCAUUGGCGCGUGGCCGGAGUGGCCGCAGCUUUGGUCACUUUCUGUCGCUGUAUGUCGGCGGCGGCCGCAGCUGCGGCCGGUAACGACUUCGACGACUCGACGACGAUGGCCCCUGCCUUGAAGGUGAGCGUCGUCAUCGACAGCUACUACCUCAGCAACGGCAUGGCACCGACGGUGACCGCCAAGGCCGAGCGAGCCUUCGCCAGUGUCCUGGAAUCGCUUUCUUCCCAGCUGAACAACGCUCAACUGACCGUCAUACUGGACAUCUCGCAGAUCUCUUCGAAGUCGUCGUACGACGCCGACAAACUGGUCAACCCGCUGCGGAUAACCUCCCAGGAGCUAUGCGCAUGCAUCAUCAACGGAUCAGUGACCAUCGUUUACGUGCACCCUCCUUUCUUCAACAAACACCUUUCGUCGACCAUCUCCUACUCCCUCGGCUUCUACCGGGUGCCGAUAAUCAGCAUAUCUUCGCGAGAUAUCGAAUUCUCGGAUAAAGUAAAUCUUCGGUUUCGUUUUGUGUUGUCACGUGUUUAUCCUUUCGGGUGA